UCCACAUCCCCGGGCCCUGGGCCGGGAGGGACGGAGCCGAGGGGGCGAGCUCUCAAAGCGGCAGGUCCCCAGCCUCUCCUGCCGCCCCCCACGACCCCCGCCGGGCGCUCGGGAUCACGCACGACAAAGGCUGCCCGAGGCCGAGGGGCGGGGAGGGCGGGCCGGGCUCCGAGCAGCUGCCGCUUCCUCCCACGUCCCUCGAGGGGCCUGAGUCACGGGCGCCGCCCCGGUCGGCGGGCUGGGGCGGGCGCCUGGUUCCCGGGACUGCGGGUCCGGAGCCGGGUGGGUGGGGGCCCGGGACGGAGGGCCAGGGGCGGCGGCGGGCAGAGGAGACGCGCUCCCCGCGGGGUUGGCGGGAGCAGGUCCCGCCCCUCCUCGGGCCCCGCCCCGCGCCCCCAUCCCUCUCCCCAUUGUCCUCUGACGGAGUGGUCGCCGGCCCCCGUCUCGGUCUGCGUCCCUCCCCGCCUCCGGCCUCCGGAUCUCUGCGACCCCUCGCCUCUCCCUCUCGCCGCCGGACGCCGGGCCCCGCGGACCCUCCCGGGCGCGCAGCGUCGCUCCUCACCUGCACCUCGAGGGACCAUGGCCACCAUCCCGGACUGGAAGCUACAGCUGCUGGCCCGGCGCCGGCAGGAGGAGGCAGCCGUGCGGGGCCGGGAGAAGGCGGAGCGGGAGCGCCUGUCCCAGAUGCCAGCUUGGAAGCGGGGGCUCCUGGAGCGCCGCCGGGCCAAGCUUGGUCUGUGUCCCGGGGAGCCCAGCCCUGUGUCUGGGCCUCCGGAGGCUGGGCCUCCAGACCCAGACAAGUCUGCGGUCCUGCUGGAGGCCAUCGGCCCCGUGCACCAGAACCGAUUCAUCCGGCAGGAGCGCCAGCAGCAGCAGCAGCGGCGGAGCGACGAGCUACUUGCCGAAAGGAGGCUUGGGCCUUCGGAGGCCCGGGAAUGGAGGCCCAGCCCCGGGGAGAUGCAGGAGCCAAGCCCCAGAGAAAGAGAGUCAGGGGAAGAGCGGCUCAGUCCCCGGGAAGCCGGAGACAGGAGGCUGGGGGCAGGGGGAGCCCGAGAGUCAAGCCCCAGGCCUUCGGAGGCCCGGGACAGGCCGCGCCCGGGAGAGGCUGCAGACCGGGCCUCGGGGCUGCCGGAGGCGCGGAGGUGGAGGCUGAGCCCGGGAGAAGCGGACCGUGGUCUGAUGCCGGCGGAGCCGCGAGAGCAAAGCCCCGGGAGGAAGGGGGCGGCCGGCUGCAGGCUGAGCCCAGUGGAGUCUGACGGCCAGCACUUGGGCCCAACGGAGGCCCCUAAAUGGAGGCCUGGCUGCGCAGAGUCUCAGGAGCAGAGUUCGAAGCCACUGGAGGCGUCGGAAUGGAGUCUGAGCUCAGGAGAAGGGAAAGGCAGCUCCGAGGAAUGUGGGAGAAGAGGAGACGGGCGGGCCCCGAGGGCACCCCCGGAGGAGCUCACAGGGCCGCCCGAGACCCUGACGCGCGAGGCUGCGGGCGGGAGCCCUGACGGCGGGCAGACGGCAGAGGGGCAGACCGCAGAGCGGAGCCCCAGCCCCACCGAGGGAGGGGAGGGGGACCCCGGGCUGACCGAAGGGUGGAAAUGGACCCUGCACUCUGGGAAGGCUCGAGAAUGGACAGCCAGGGACACAGAGACUCCGACCGGGAAGCCGGCUCCUCCAGAGUCCGCCGGGAAGCACCUGGGGCCUCUCGGGGUGGAGGCUGCGGAGGAGGCGGGGGCUCAGGGGCCGCGCGCCCUGCGGAGCCGCUGCGCUGGGCCCUGCCCCCUCCCGCCCCAGGACGCGGGGCCUGGAGGCUCGAGGCAGCAGGAAGAGGAAGCCGAGGAGCCGCGGCCCCCACCCGCGCCUCUGUCUCCCCCCCCACCGGCCCCCCAGUCCCCUGGGGAUCCCCUCAUGAGCCGGCUGUUCUAUGGGGUGAAGGCAGGGCCGGGGCUGGGGGCCCCCCGCCGCAGUGGACACACCUUCACCGUCAACCCCAGGCGGUCUGCGCCCCACGCAGCCCCUGCCGCUCCGGCCCCCGCUGAGGCUGCGGCCCCGGGGGCUGGGAAGAAGCGGUACCCGACCGCCGAGGAGAUCUCGGUCCUGGGGGGCUACCUCCGCCUCAGCCGCAGCUGCCUUGUCAAGGGGUCCCCGGAAAGGCACCACAAACAGCUAAAGAUCUCCUUCAGCGAGACAGCCCUAGAGACGACGUACCAGUACCCCUCCGAGAGCUCGGUGCUGCGGGAGCUGGGCCCGGAGCCCGAGGCCCCCAGCGCCCCCGCGGCCCCGCCGCCCGACGACGACGAGGACGAGGAGGAGGAGCUGCCGGCGGAGCCCCCGGGCGGGCUGCGCUCCAAGGCGCUGCUAGUGGACGAGUCCUGCCGGAGGUGACCCUCUCCCAACACGGGGACGUACCUUCCUCCUCCCAGAACUGAAGACCCUGGUCCCAGGAGGUUCAGGACCGAUGCCCCUGAAAACGAGCCUGGCAGGGAAGGGCAGCCAGCGUCUUCCAAGCAGCUCUCCUCACCCGUUCCUGAGGACAGCCCACAUGCCGCUCACCCCAGUCCCCAGAGUGAGUGUCAGGUGUGGGCGUGCUCCCAGGUGACCCCAGGCCCCAGGCGGAGGCGGAGCUCCCAGGGUGGGGUGGGGAGGAGAGCCCUCCGGCUCCGCCCCGUGGGCACAGCACCUUCCUUGGGAGGCUGGCCCAGUCCUUCCAGGCACCUCUUCCUCCUGUUCCCUAGGCACUGCCCUUCAACAGCUCCUGCUUCCUCUCUCUUUUUAAAAAAAAAUUUUUAUUGAAUUCAGAGAGGGAGAGGGAGAGAGAUAGAAACAUCAAUGAUGAGAGAGAACCAGCAAUCGGUUGCCUCCUGCAUGCCGCGACUGGGGAUCAAGCCUGCAACCAGGGCAUGUGCCCUGACUGGGAAUUGAACCAUGACCUCCUGGUUCAUAGGCUGAUCCUCAACCACUGAGCCACACCAGCUGGGCUCUUGCCUCCUCUCUUGACCAUAACCUGGUUUACAAACUCCCCCAGCUCCCCCACGCCUAUUUCCCAUGUCCAUGUGGACCCCUUCCCUGUCCCCACAGUCACCUCAUCAGGAAUGACCUGGGGUGUGGCUUCCUCACUUUUGCUCAGUAUUACUCGGCCUCAGUUUUCCCCAAGAGGGAAGGCUGGGAAUCUUAGCUCUGUACCCCGCUCUGGUUAUUUAAUUCUGUCCCUCCUCAUGGUUCACAAAUGAAUUGAAUUGCAAGGGUUUGGUGUGACUAAUGAAGCACCUCAAUUCUCCCCCACUUCUUCCUUAUCAAUUGCCUGUUUGUCUUCAAAAAGACAAAAACAAUUUUUCAUAAUAAAGUGGAGUUCUUUCCAA